UUAUUGAACAAUCAAAGUCCAAAUCCUUCAAAAGCAUCAAUACCUAGUACUGUAUUAUUUACCCAUGAAAAUUCAAAUACGGGUUCCAGAACAGAAUCUUCAACUCUGAGUUCAAGCUUAAAGGAAAAAUCCAAGAAGGCAAUGGAAUACAAAUUUUUCGAAGAAGAAAUCUUUCCAUUAACUGGCAAUAUCAAUUUGAAUGAUUUUGUGAUGAAUGAGGAAGAAAUCAAAAACAUAGACCUAGAGUUUGAAAAAGAACCUAAGCCAUUUGAAUCAAAGUGGGAUUAUAUUAAUCCUUUAAUAUAUUUCCGUAAUUAUAAUUGUGGGCAAUUCUUAGCAGUAAUCAUUAUAUUUGUAGUAAUAAUAUUCGGGUCCCUUGGCUUCUUGAUAUCAACUGCUAAGAAAGCAUACUCGCCCAUUCCACCUGAAGUUAUCGAGAUACUCUCACCUUAUAGAUAUCCUACUUUGGGAGCCAUUCGAACAAACUUGGUAGAUCCUGAUACACCAAAUGAAUUUCGUUGGAAGAAUGGAUUUGGGGAAGAAGGAGAACGUUGGAAAUUGGUAUUUUCAGAUGAGUUCAAUGCUGAAGGUAGAACAUUUUAUGAUGGAGAUGAUCAAUUCUUUGAAGCUGUUGAUCUUCAUUAUCAAGCAACUCAAGAUUUGGAAUAUUAUGUUCCUUUUAUGGCCAGGACAAGAAAUGGAACAUUGCAACUUACUUUAGAUGCUUUCAAACUUAAUGGUCUCAAUUACAUAUCUUCUAUGCUACAAUCCUGGAAUAAACUCUGUUUCAAUAAAAAUGCAAUAGUCGAAGUUAGUCUUCGUAUGCCUUCUUAUUCUCAAGCUAGGGGAUUAUGGCCAGCUGUUUGGAGUUUGGGAAAUCUUGCCAGACCAGGUUAUAUGGCAAGUACAGAUGGUCUUUGGCCCUACACGUAUAACGAAUGUGAUUAUGGUAUCACCCCAAAUCAAUCUACUCCAGAUGGUCUUUCCUUUCUUUCGGGUCAAAGAUUAAGUAAAUGUACUUGCUAUGGAGAAGACCAUCCUAAUAUUGGUACUGGAAGGGGAGCACCAGAGAUUGAUAUUAUUGAAGGUACUAGAGGAUUAUAUGAUGAUUGGGCAUUGGGAGCACAAACAUUGCAAGUUGCACCAUUUGAUCCUUGGUGGAGACCCGAUUAUAGUUAUCUAUCUAUUGAAAAUAACAAUUUGACUUCCAUGAAACCUGAUACUGGUACUCCCUUCCAAGAAGCAAUUGCGUCGACUACAGUAUUAAACAACUCAUGGUUUGAAGAAUUACGAAAUGUCAGCAAUCUCGAGCAACAUAUCCCAGGAGAUAGACAUUUCCAAAGAUAUGGGUUUGAAUAUCGUAGUGGGAAAACCAAAGACAGAGAUAGUUAUGUUCAAUUCUUUAUGGCUGAUAACAAGACUUUUGGUAUAAAAGGUGAUGCACUCCAUCCUACAGAUAAUGUUGGUUGGAGAGAUAUUUCUAAAGAACCUAUGUCGUUGGUAUUUAAUUUAGGAUUGUCACCCACCUGGAUGAAUAUUGAUUUUGGUUCUUUAUCAUAUCCUGCAACACUAGAAAUUGACUACAUUCGUAUUUAUCAGCCAGAAGGGGAAGAAGAAAUGACUUGUAAUCCUCCGGAUUAUCCUACAACUGAUUAUAUCAAUAAGCAUAUUAAUGCCUAUUCCAACUCUAAUCUUACAAGUUGGAAUGAAGCAGGUUAUAAAUAUCCUAGGAAUUCAUUCAUGCAUGGUUGCCAAGCCCCUUCGGCUUAGAAGGUUUGUAUUCUAGUUAAAUAAAGUAUAUAGUUAAGAAAAAAGUAUAUAGUUAAGAAAAAAACUUACUAUCAC